AUGCCUAGUCAAGCUGCCACGGGGUGCAUUGGGGAUGCUUUGUCCAUUGGUAUUGGUGCUGUCAUCAAUGACUAUGGCGGUACCUGCACAUCCGAUGCAUUGAUUCCUAUCAAACGCGCCGCGGACGAGGUUAGCUACGUUCAUGCUACCUAUAAGGGCGUUACCCAUAAUUUCAUCAACACUUCGGCCCUAUACCACGAGUGGCACGAUAUGUAUGCCAUUAGCCUAUAA